UCUCGCCCCUACCGAUCUCUCCUCUUUAGAUAUUAGACCGCAUGUAUACCAUGAGCCAUUCUUGCUAAGCGCCAUUGUCUAUUGUCUACCACAAACCAUUCUUCUCGAGAUAUUGUUGCAACAACCCUGCCCAAAUGGCAGACUCGCCCGCCUCUUCCGCCUCUUCUUCAGAACCAGAUGAAACCCCUCUACACGAUCGAUACCGACUGCGCGUGACGGCUGGACCUGCCCAUGACCCUUCUACACAUACCCUGGUCCCUGUCAAUGGCAAUGAAACCCUCACCUUCGAAAACAACCACAUGAUAGUCUCCCUUGCCGUCCGAAUCCGGAAUUUCACAGGCUACCCAGACGAUUCCCCGCCCACAUCCGCGUACUUCGACCACGACCUUCACAAAUCUGACCAAUACUCGAUAUCCUUCUCAUUUGUCCCCAAAAUCGACAUUCCAGGUUCCGACCUCGUCUUCGGCAACGACUUCGACCGGCCCAUCCGCGACCGCCUCCCUCCAGGCUUCAGCCAGGCAUUCCGUAUUGUGAAAUGGUGGGUUGACCCAGGCCUGGAAGGCGACGUCUACGCCGACAAACCCUAUCUCUUUGGCCCCGCGCUGAGUUCCUGGAACAUCCUGCGCAUCGGCGACCGAGUCGUACCCGAUGAACAAUUGUCCGAAACCUCCGUCGCGUGGAAGGUACCCAACGCCACCUCAUUCCACGAGACUGUAGUCGAAGAAGGCGCUGAGGGCUCUGGCGAACAAAUCCGUCAAGAGUCGGGGAUUCCGGCCGACUCGGCCGCGAGAAAGAAGCAUUUUCUGACCCCAGCGAACCGUGAUGCCUUUGUCUUUGAGGCCGGCCGACUCUACCAGUCCGAUUUUGGGAACCCAUACCUCGACUUCAAUGACUUUUCCCUCAAGUUGCCCGGUUUCAGUCUCAAUGUCAUUCAGUAUGUCGAUGCCAAAACCCACGAAUUGAGAUACACAUUGAAGAACAAAUCCACCGAAGAGAUCUAUGCAGCCGUCAUGUUCACCUUGCUGUUUGGUCAAGAGCUAGAGAAAGAAAAGGAAGAGCAUGGGGAGACGACCACAAAACCCAAGACUGACAAUAACACAAUUGAUGAUCCACCCCCGGAGGACGACGAUGUCGACUGAACAUGACAAAAUGUAUAUGUGAAUCGAUCUGCCCUUGUGAAGCCUUGAGAUAGAGGAGAAGGAUCACCUCGCGAAAGGGUUGUGGCAUACCAGAUACAGGUUUAUAACGAGUCGUUUUCUAUCAAGACAACUGACGACCUCCUCUACAACUUUGUAUUGUGGAGUUGACCAUGACGACCAGCACAACCACAUGAUGGUUGGGUCCUGGACUCAAUCGAGCCCACCACUUCAAAACCAGCGAGAAGAUUGCUUGCGGUGGAUAUACCGCCGCUUCAUAUCAUCCGCAAUGUCAGAACCUGGAUGGGAGUAUGGAUGAAGCCAACGUGAGACACGAAUCGAUGAAAUACAUCAAGCGAAACCAAUACCCGUUCAGCAAGAUAGAUCUAUGGCCAUCUCUACUCCUUGAAAAUUAACACCCACACUGUUACUCGCCUAGAACGUUUGUUCAUUGGCCCCAUUGGGAUCUAUACACAUACACAAAAGGUCUUGACGUUCUAGCAUCAUGUCUUCAUUUUUCUAUGACAAUCUUCGAGCUGUGCUCCGCGCAUACAAUGGACUUUCCUCUCUCCAAAAGUCAAUAGUAUCUUGUGCGCC